CUGUCACAUGACCUCGCGUUCCUGGGAACCAUCGACAGUGACUUCGCCUUUGCGGGCACCUCAGCCGUCGAUACUGCAGCCGGUGUGUUACGCGGGCGACCUUAUGGAGGUGUGGCCCUUCUCUGGAGAAAAGCUGUGUUUCCUUAUGUAACCAUAGUGAAGUGUAGAAGUGUCAGGCUUGCGGCGAUUAAAAUCGAGCUAAGUGACCGUUGUCUUAUAGUUUUUUCAGUGUAUAUGCCGAUAGAUAAAAAAGAAAAUCUAGUAGAAUUCACAGAGUGUCUUAGUGAGAUGGCGGCUAUUAUUGAAAGUCAUAAUGUGGAAACUGUGUUUAUGUUAGGGGACUACAACGCGCACCCUGGUGAGUCUUUUGACACAGAACUAUUGUCGUUUUGCACUGAACAGUUAUGGACGUGUGUAGACAGAGACUUGUUACCAUCGGAUGCCUAUACUUUUGUGAGCGACGCACACGGUAGUUUAAGAUGGCUGGACAAUGUUGUGGUCACGACCGCGGCGAGGCCCACUGUCCUUUCUGCAUGUGUUCUUUACGACACGUACUGGUCCGAUCACUUACCUGUAUUGAUAGAGUGUAAUUUCAAUGCUGUAAUACCAAAAUUACCGCAGUCAAAUAACUGUAUUAAUAAAAUCAUAUGGGGAGAGCGUGAUAAUGAUCAAAUUGAUGAAUAUUAUAAUGAAUGUAACUCCAGGUUAAAAUUAAUAGAUUUUCCAGCAGAAUUUUCGGAAUGUUGCGAUAAUAUGUGUAGUAACCAUCAACACAAAAUAAUGCUUGACAGAUUGUAUGAACGAAUUGUGUGUAUACUUUCAGAGGCCGCUGUCUGUAGCUAUAGUGUUAGGACAGGGCGAAAAGCUUGCGAAAGCCUGUGGGACAAGAUGAGAUCUGAGACUAGCCUGCCCGAAGAAGUUAUAUUGCUCUUUCAGCACUGGUAUAGCAACCAAAAGAACAAUGUCAGAUGGGCAGGCUCGCUCUCAGAAGAAUACAGAUUGGAAUGUGGCGUGAGGCAGGGUGGUCUAAGCUCUCCAACGCUCUUUAACUUAUAUAUGAAUAGGCUCCUUGAUGAGCUCAGCAGUACCGGUAUCGGUUGCCACAUAGACGGAGUUUGUGUUAAUAACAUAAGUUAUGCAGAUGAUAUGGUGCUGCUGAGUCCAUCAAGUGCAGCCUUAAAGAAAUUGUUAACCAUAUGCGAGUCUUACGCUGUGGCCCAGGGGUUCAAAUACAAUGCUGUCAAGAGCGAAUUCAUGGUUUUCAAUCCGGACCACAAGCGAUACACUAAUGUGCCAGUUUUCAAGCUCUGUGGAAUCCCCUUGAAAAAAGUUGAGGCUUUUAAGUACCUGGGUCACUGGAUCACGGAAGACUUAAAAGACAACCUAGAUAUUGAGAGGGAGCGGAGGUCAUUGUCUGUCCGUUGUAAUAUGUUGGCCCGCAGAUUUGCUAAAUGUACUGACGAAGCAAAGAUUACGCUUUUUAAAGCCUACUGUCAGUCAUUUUAUACGUGCAGUCUGUGGGUUAGCUUUACGCAGAGGACAUACAAUGAUCUUCGCGUACAAUAUAAUAACGCGUUCCGGGUAUUGAUGGGGCUGCCGCGUUUCUGUAGCGCUUCUGCUAUGUUUGCGGAUGCUCAUGUAGAUGGUUUCGCCGCCAUAAUGCGUAAACGUUGCGCUUCACACCUCAGGCGCGUUCGCGACAGCCCCAACAGUAUCUUGCGCGCGUUGGCAGACCGUUGGGACUCGCCGAUGUUUGCUCGAUGGAUACGGCUGCACGCAGUCAAGUAG